AGUUAAAACAUUGAAUAUAAAUUAUCGGUUUUCAGAAAACGAUCCUUUUGUACUUUUUAUGCUAUGGUAACAUUAUCAUAGCGUUGCUAUAGCAACGAUUGUUUUGUUUUCAUUGUUGUUACUGCUACCAUAAUAAGUUUGUUGGUGUCUCACUGAAUUUUAAAGUUAUAACUUCAAUGAAAGACAGUGAAAUUACAAAGUUUUUAGUAUCAUUUACGGGUCAGAUUGAAUAUGUGACUUUUCCUGGUGGUGUAUUUGACGACCAAUUAUAUGUACAGUAUGAAACAGUUUGGGGACCCGACUGGGAGCCGGUUUCAGGCCUUACGACUGGAUCCAGUCAAAUGGCGCGUUGUGGGAUUGAUCCCGAACGAGUCGUUCUUAAUUUACCUUUAGAAAUGGUUUUUAAUAGCACAAAUGUGUCGGGCUGGCCACAGAUAAUAAUAACGGUGAAGGCUCUAAACACAAUCACCGGAGAUGCUUUGCGAGGCUAUUCUUUAUUUCUGUUGCCAUCUACAACUGGCCUGGGUUUGACCUCAGCGCCCCUUGUUAGACCUGUCGCAGCCACGCUACUUGGUGAAUGGCUAGCCUGGAUGACUGGACGGUACCCUGAACUAUCAGACCCCAAAAUGUUGGCUAAUGGAAAAGAUAAUUACUUGCUAAGGACGGAGUCUUACGGUAGUGUGACAGUUUCCUUGUCUAUGGUGUCGAAAGAUCUACGGAAAUUAGGUUAUGAUAAUCAACCUCCUAUUUAUAAAUUGGUUGCUGAUUUUUAGUGAAUGCUUGCAAGUGCAUUUAAAAAUUAAAAUAAUUUGAUAAUCGUUGAACUUGAUCGUAAGUGAUGCCAUCUAGUGAGCAUAUAACUCAUUACCAGUUUACUAGUCAAAAGUUAAAACAAACAGUGGUCUAUCAUAUGAAUAUUUUUAAAUAAAAUGCUUCAUUGAAACCAUAUUUUUAUUUCUAUUCCUGACAGCUGGGGCCUUUGUCUGCUGCCUCGUUGUAUUCACUGACGAGAUGGUCAUAUAUCUAUUUAUUCCGUUAUAAUUUGUCCUAGAUAAUUAUGGUAAUGGAGACGCAUCUUAAUUACUAAGUGAAAACCUUGCCAGUUGCCCGCAUGAUUGAUAAGUAUCUAAUUAUUACGAACAUAUUUUUAACUUCAUUGUCAUAUUGCGUUUGAAGAG